AUGGAGAAAAUCGAUCAAGUCGCGGAUGCGACAGCGGCUGACCAGCCGGAGAGCUCUCGCAAACCUGACAAGAAGCCAACUUCUGGCUUCGCUGCGUUCUUGCGCAUAUUUACCUAUUGUCAACCCCUCGACUGCGCCCUCGAAAUCAUUGCCAUCCUCGCCGCGAUCGGCUCCGGUGUAGCAAUGGCAAUGAUGAACCUCGUAAUAGGAGAACUGAUGGAUGUCAUGGGUGACCCCACACGUAUUGCCACAGAUCCAGACGGGUUCAUGACUGCCGUUAGCACGAAUUCGCUCUAUUUUGUAUACAUUGGCAUUGCUAGAUUAGGCUGUACUUACCUAUACUCGACGCUAUUUACCUACGUUUCCUUCCGAGUCACGAAUAAUAUCCGACAAUCCUACCUACGAGCAGCCCUCAGCCAAGAGGUCAGCUAUUUCGAUCACGGAACUUCUGGGUCUAUAUCCAUGCAGGGCACAUCCAAUGGAAAGUUGAUCCAGUCCGGCAUCGCAGAUAAACUGGGACUUUUCUUCGCGUCGUUUGCUACCUUUAUUGCGGCUUUCAUCAUCGCGUUCAUCAGCUACUGGAAGCUCACCCUUAUCCUCAUUUGCAUCAUGCCAGCAAUCAUGUUGGUCAUCGGUACUAUGGCUACGAUCGACGCUGGUAUCGAUGGGAAGAACUUGAAGGUCAUCUCUCAAGCUGCUCAGUACGCCGAAACAUCCCUCGCAAGCAUCCACACGAUCAAAGCCUUCAACCUCGAGUCAAGAAUUAUGCACAAGUACACAUCUUUUCUUCAAAUUUCACGACAACUGUGUCGCAAGAAGUCUCAUGUGUAUGGUGUUAUGUUUGCCUGGCAGUACUUUGUCAUCUAUGCAGGUAUGGGUUUGGCGUUCUGGCAAGGCAUCAGAAUGAUUGCUCGUGGGGAAGUAGAGGGCAUCGGCGCCGUCUUCACUGUCCUCUUCUCGGUCAUCAUCGGUUCCACCUCGAUCAAUGGCAUUGCUCCAAACAUUUCCUCUUUUGUUCGCGCUGGUGCUGGUGCUACAGAGCUUUUUGCUUUGAUCGACAGGACCUCAGACAUCAACCCUCUUGACGAGUCGGGCCAGAAGCCCAGUAAAGUCUCUGGUGUCAUCGAAAUCCAGUCGAUCGGCUUCAGUUACCCAACACGACCAGACAUCAAAGUGCUUGAUGACUUUUCUCUUACUAUUCCGGCUGGAAAAGUCACAGCUUUAGUGGGUGCCAGUGGCUCGGGGAAAAGUACUAUUAUUGGUCUUCUGGAAAGAUGGUAUAAUCCUGUUACCGGUGACAUCAAACUUGAUGGAGUCAGCCUGAAGGAGUUGAGCGUCACCUGGCUUCGUACAACAAUGCGACUUGUCCAACAGGAACCUGUUUUGUUCAAUGGAACUGUCUUUGAGAACAUCGCCAAUGGUCUCGUUGGGACUCCUUGGGAGAAGGCUUCCAGAGAAAUCCAAGAAGAACGUGUCAGACACGCAGCCAAGCUUGCCUUUGCAGAUGGCUUCAUCCAGAACCUCUCAGAAGGAUACGACACACGCAUUGGUGAGAGAGGCGGACUUCUUUCAGGAGGACAGAAGCAAAGGAUUGCCAUAGCUCGAAGUAUUGUUUCUGACCCUUCCAUUCUCUUGUUGGAUGAAGCCACCUCAGCACUCGACUCACACUCCGAAGGUAUAGUCCAAAAAGCACUCGACAGUGCCUCCAAGAACAGGACCACGCUGGUCAUUGCUCACAAACUGGUCACCAUUCGAGAUGCUGACAACAUUGUGGUCAUGUCCAAGGGCAAAAUUGUUGAGCAGGGAAAGCAUGAUGAUCUAGUGGCCCUCAACGGCACCUACUCCAAGCUAGUCCAAGCCCAGGAUUUGUCUACCAGCAAGGGAAACCUGGAUACCCGGACAUCUGACGAAGAAUCGACAACAUCUACCGAAGCGAUAGAGCCCGUUCAAUCUCUCGCAAAAUCCAAUUCUGCUAUCAACGAGGACCUCGCCUCUCAAAUGAACAGGGAAGAUUUUGACCUUUAUAAGUCUACAGGACUUCUACAUACCAUCUGGAAGAUGAUCAUGUCGGCUCCUGAGCUUCGAGCUUACUUUGUUAUAGUAUCCAUUGCCUGUGCUGUUGGAGCUGCUGUAUACCCAGGACAGAAUUUGCUACUUUCCGAAGUCAUGGAUGUCUUCACAUCCUCUGACCUAGUCAAAGGUGGUGACUUUGUAUCUUUGAUGUACUUUGUCAUUGGCCUAGGAGCCUUGGUGGUGUUUUUCGUUAUAGGAUGGAUUUCAAAUAUUAUUGCCCAGUCUCUGAGCCAGAAUGUCCGAGAAGGGCUUUUUCGAAGUAUGCUGAGACAAGACUUGCGUUUUUUCGAUAGACCAGAGAACACCGUUGGUGCUCUUGUCAGUCGCAUCGACUCCCAGUCACAAGCUGUGUGGGAACUCAUGGGCUUCAACGUGGCAUUGGUCCUUCAAUCCAUCAUCAACAUCAUUUCCAGUAGCAUUCUUGCUCUUGCAUAUGCUUGGAAGCUCGGCCUUGUUGGUGUUUUUGCUGGCAUGCCUCCUCUUCUACUGGCAGGAUAUGCUCGUAUUCGCCUGGAGACAAAGCUCAACACAGACAUCGACAAGAGGUUUUCAACAAGUGCUUCCAUAGCGUCCGAGAGUGUAAACGCCAUCCGGACUGUUUCAUCGCUUGCAAUUGAGAAGAGUAUUCUGGAGAAGUAUACCGCGGAAUUAGAUAGUGCUGUUUCGGGCUCGACUUUGCCUCUUUUCACCAUGAUGAUUUGGUUCUCUCUGACUCAAUCGAUUGAAUUUUUCAUCCUUGCUCUGGGAUUCUGGUUCGGAUCGAGACUCGUUUCGCAAGGAGAAAUUACAUUUCCACAGUUUAUCAUAUCUUUCUUGGGUGUCUUCUUCUCCGGUCAGGCCGCUGCAGUCAUCUUCAGCUUUGCAAGCAGUUUCACCAAGGCAAAUUCUGCUGCCAACUACUAUUUCUGGCUCACCGGCCUGCAGCCAAUCAUUCGGGAAACAGAUAAGAACAAAGAAAAGGGUCCUGCAAAUGGUGGAAGUUACAUUGACUUCCAAGAUGUUCAGUUCUCUUACCCUCUUGCUCCUGAGAAAAGAGUCAUCAAGGGCCUUGAUCUCACGAUCGACCGUGGACAAUUUGUUGCCUUUGUCGGCGCUUCUGGUAGUGGAAAGAGUACCAUUGUGUCCCUCCUUGAACGCUUCUAUGAUCCCACAAGUGGCACCAUCAACAUCGACGGCUCAGCUCCUCUCACCGAGAUCAGUCCCCGUCUUUAUCGCAACAGAAUCGCUCUCGUUCAACAAGAGCCCACUCUCUUCCCUGGUAGUAUCCGUGAGAACAUUGCUGCGGGACUUGAUGUCGGUCCUGAGGAACAAGCCCUUGUCAGGGAUGAUGCACUAGAAGCAGCUUGCCGUGCAGCCAAUGUAUGGGAUUUUGUGAGCUCUCUUCCUGAAGGUCUCAACACUCUUUGUGGCCAGGGAGGUAGCCAGCUUUCUGGCGGACAAAGACAGAGGAUUGCCAUCGCGCGUGCUCUCAUCCGUAACCCUAGUAUCAUCUUGCUGGAUGAGGCGACUUCAGCCCUUGAUACCGAGUCUGAGAGAGUCGUGCAGAAAGCCUUGAUGAACGCUGCCGCCAGUGGAGAUCGCAUCACUAUAGCCGUUGCCCAUCGACUUUCCACCAUUAGAGAUGCUGACAAGAUCUGCGUCUUCUACCAGGGUAGAAUCGUCGAGGCUGGUACGCAUGACGAGCUUAUUAGGCAGAACGGCAUGUACAAGCAGAUGUGCGACGCUCAGAGCCUCGACAGGAGCAGCUUAGCUUGA